CUAUCUUCUUUCUUUCUAAAAAAGUUAAAUCUGGACCGCGAACCAAGCUUUUCGCUCUGGUUCGUUGCCGCCCUCCACAUCCCCUCUAUAUAUUUCAACAGGCAAAACCCUAGCCCUUACUUUUCAAUUCAAGUUAUUUAUUCAAGAUUUCUCUAAUUUUUUUUUUAACAAGUAUAAGAUCUACAAGAUUAGAACCAAAUAUUCGAAGCUGUUUCGCUUAGAUUAGCAAGAACUGUAAGCUUUUUCGGAUCUUGAGAUUCUCUUCGUCCAGUUUGUGUAGAUUUGGAUCUAUAAAGAGUUUUUUAAAUUUUUUUGAGAGAAGUUCAUACUUUCGGAGAUAAUUCCAGUAAAUUAGUGUUUUCUAGUUUCGUGUUCCGGGCUUCUUGAAUGCUGUUAUUUAAAUUUGGGGGAAGUUUGGAAUUCAAUGGGAGAAAGUGCAGUUUGUGCGGAAAUUCCAACAGAUGGGAAUAUGAUUGUUGAAUGUCCGUCAGGAACUGAAUUGAAGACAGAAGAUGACUGUUUAAAAGACAAUGUUGAAUCAGAGUCAUUUAUCGAAAAGAAGCAAGCAAAAGAAGAGGCUGUAUAUGACGACAUCAAAUCUGAAGUUUCGAAUCCCAUUGUUUCUCCUAAAGAAAUCACAUCAAGCUUCCACGAUAUCAUUAGCCAACAAAUCGAAUCAGAUACAGUUAACCGUGUUGGGUGUGACAAGGUGACGUGCACAAGUUCAGAGGAAACUUUAAGCGAAGCAGAUCGUAGUGAAAGUUCCCAGACCGAGACUUCUCGGAACAACAACACUUCAGGUGAUGUUUCGACAUCUCAUGUAGUGUUAGAAAUCCCAAAGCAUCUUAGUUCAUCAUCUGGAAUCAGGAAAAUCACAUUCAAGUUCAGCAAAAGAAAGGAAGAUUAUUUAGUCAAGUCUUCUGCACCUUUAGGGAAUGAGGAAGCCGGCAGCCACUCUGUUUAUGAUGAUGUGUAUUCUUAUAGGAAAGACUCACCUGAAGGGAGUCACCGUCACUUGUGUGCUCCAAACAUGGAAAUUAAGAUGUCCAAGAAGGUUGUUCCGAAUGAAUAUCCCACAAAUGUAAAGAAGUUAUUGUUAACGGGUAUUCUUGAUGGAGCGCGGGUCAAAUAUAUUUCUACGCAGAAGAGGAAGCUGGAUGGAAUUAUAAAUGGUGGUGGUUAUUUGUGUGGUUGUCCUUUAUGCAAUUUCUCAAAGGUUGUAAGUGCCCAUGAGUUUGAGCAGCAUGCUGGUGUCAAGACUAGACACCCGAAUAAUCACAUAUACUUGGAUAAUGGGAAGCCAAUUUAUAGUAUCAUUCAAGAACUAAAGAGUGCUCCACUUGGUAUACUUGAAGAAGUGGUAAAAAAUGUUGCUGGUUCUUCUGUCAAUGAGGGAUCUUUCCAAGUUUGGAAAGCUAGUGUUCAACAAAGCAAUGGAAUGGUUGAGCAACACGAAAAGUUUAAUGCUAGCUGCUUCAGUCUAUCAUUAGAAGAAAGCAUCAGCCCUUCGUCAUGUUCCUUUGUGCAGAAGAAUGGUGCUAGGCACCAAUUAUAUACGAAGGAGAUGCUUGAAGAGCAGAAACGUGGAGUGAAGAGGCCUAGCUCCUAUAGCUCUGUAACGCAACAAAAGAGAACUGCUGAAGGUGGCACAAAGAGAAGGGAUAAUGAUCUACAUCGGCUGCUUUUUCUGCCAAAUGGACUUCCUGAUGGGGAAUUAUUGACUUACAUUGUGAAAGGACAGAGAUUACGUGCUGGCUACAAGCAGGGAAACGGUAUAGUCUGUGGUUGCUGCAACAGAGAGAUUAGCCCUUCUCAAUUUGAAGCUCAUGCUGGAAUGGCAGCCAGGCGUCAACCCUAUCGCCAUAUCUACACUUCAAAUGGACUGACACUUCAUGAUAUAGCCAUGUCAUUGGCACAUGGGCGAAGCCGUUCCACUGGUGGCAGUGAUGAUAUGUGCACAAUAUGUGGAGAUGGAGGGAGUCUGCUUCUUUGUUAUUGCUGCCCUCGGGCCUUUCAUCCAGCGUGCUUAGAUUUACAGUGGACUCCUGAAGGUGAUUGGCAUUGUCCAAAUUGCAGAGAGAAAUUUGGCCCUGAUCGGGUGGAUGCUGUUGGAGAUUCUUCUAGUAUGGCCAGAUCAAUGCUUUUGCAGAGAGAUUUAGAAUUACCAGAAAUCGAUAUUGGUGGUUGUGUUGUUUGUAGGGCUCAUGAUUUUAGUGCUGGCAUCUUUGAUGAUCGAACAGUUAUUUACUGCGAUCAAUGUGAGAAGGAGUUUCAUGUUGGUUGCUUGCGGGAUAGCGGGCUUUGUGAUUUAAAAGAAAUCCCCAAGGAUAAGUGGUUCUGCUGUGAUGACUGCACCAGAAUCCAUGUGGCCCUACAAGAUUCUGUUUCUAACGGAGCGCAAAUGAUUUCAGCUUCAUUGUUAAGUACAAUAAACAAGAAACAUUUAGAGAAAGGUAUUUUUUCUGCUGGAGCUGCAAAUGAUGUUCAAUGGCGAAUCCUAAGGAAAGCCCAAUCUAUGGAGGAGAAAUCAUUACUUUCUAGCACUACUGCAAUAUUUCGAGAAUGUUUUGAUCCAAUUGUUGCGGAAUGUGGACGUGAUCUGAUUCCUCUUAUGGUCUAUGGGAGAAACAUAUCUGGUCAAGAGUUUGGAGGAAUCUAUUCUGUCAUUUUAAUGGUGAAUUCUGUUGUUGUAUCUGCUGGCCUUUUAAGGAUAUUUGGUCGGGAGGUUGCUGAGCUCCCCCUAGUGGCUACAAGUAGAGGAUAUCAAGGAAAAGGUUGUUUCCAAGCAUUAUUCUCGUGCAUUGAGAGGUUGCUAUGUUCCCUGAAUGUGGAAAAUCUGGUGCUCCCUGCGGCUGAGAAGGCUGAGUCAAUCUGGACAAAGAAAUUUGGCUUCAGGAGGAUGAGCAAGGAGCAACUAUCGAAGUACCAAAGAGAGAUGCAGCUAACCAUUUUCAAGGGAACAUCAAUGCUAGAGAAGAAGGUUCAGUAUCAAUCAGAGAAUUCGUUGUGAAGCUUCUGGUCAGACAUUGCUGUGUUUGGUGUUCGCUGAUAUUGUAUUACUGCCGCUAGUUUGAUUUUGUUUAAUAUUU